CUUUUGUCGAGAACGCGUGUAAAUUCACUCCAAGUUCGUAGCCCGUGAGCGGAUUUCAACUUUUCAACUUUACUGCACUGAAGUCCUUUUUUGCCCUUGUUUUCAAAGUUUUUACUUUAGCGAUAAAUUUCAUCUGCGCUAUGAUUGGGACAGUUUUUAUGCUCUGCGUAUCGUUCGGUUUAACGAACUGUCAAGUUUUCGCCGAUAAUAAUAAGUUUUGCUACGCCAGUUACUCGGAGAGUCAAUUACGUUCAUCAAACACUCUCGGAACACAUCGGACAUCGCGGACCGAGAACCCCAUUUAUUCCCGAAGAGCAGUACCGGUCUCACGAGGUUCUUCAUGGUGGACCGACUUCCCCGUUCUGCCGUUGGUAUUCGCUAAUUCAAACACGAUUCCGAAGGGUCCUUGCAGGGAGCAGGUGCAACGGUACCUCAAGGGUCUUGCCAAUUCCACGCUGUGGGCCGUCCAGAUGUUCGACGCCUCAACGAAGUAUCCAAACGGCGUGCUCCACGGUCAAACCAAACAUUUGGGAAGCUUUGACCAAUGCUACAACUUGCGCGCUGUACUUCCACCGGAUGAAUUCUCUGACAUGGAAGAGCCUGACGAAGUCGAGGGUCGCUACUGUUUAGUUCGCUUGCGUUACCAGCGGAAAGAUGUGGUACCGAAACGCCCGCAAUCCUUCAACCUUGACUUCGAUCCAAACCUAUCCGUCUGGAACGCGAUUGAGUACAGGGGAGACUUUCGCCGUGUCAAACGACACUCUGUGUACCUGUCGCUUUGCGUUCCGGCUAGCUGCAGUUCUCAAGAUGUUACGACGGCGUUGACGGAGCCCUUGAAGGAGUUGGCGAACGCCCGACAGAUAGACCUGGACGUUACAGUAAAGCCUUCGCUUUGCCAGGCACGUAGUGACGUCCCUGAGGAUUUUACCGUAGGGUUAAAGGUUUUUCUUUUCAUCGUUGUGGCAUUGUUUGUCCUUGUGGUAGCGAGUUCAUGGUACGACAGCAGCGUCUAUUCUCCGGAGAAAGCGGUCAAGGGCAACGAACCCAGAGACCUUUUCCUAUGCUUCUCCGCACGGCGUAACUUGCGCUCGAUUUUUGACACUGGAAAUAUUCACCCUGGUCUCGAUUGCAUUCAUUUGAUCCGUUUUUUCUUAACGGCAUUCGCAAUAUUGGCUCACAGAUUGAUGCAGUACUAUGGCUACCCGCUCGUGGAAUCAACGUACCUCGAAAAGGCCUACACCGUACCCUUUUCCAUGAUAGUAUUCCACGGACCGAUCAUCGUUGACGGAUUCUUUGGUAUCGGAGGUCUUCUUUUGGCCUACGGUGUGCUCCAUGAACUUGAUCGGCGUAAGCGGUUGGAUUUUACCGCGCUUAUACUGAGCAGAUUUCUACGGUUGACACCACUCUACAUGCUGGUCGUCUUAUUCAAUGCUACCCUGAUGCCGAUGAUGGGAUCCGGUCCAUACUGGGAAUCCAGGGUGGGUUUUGAAAGAGAUAAUUGCGUGAAAAACUGGUGGACUAAUCUCUUGUACAUCAACAACUAUGUGCGUCCCAAUGAGAUGUGUAUGUUUCAAUCCUGGUAUUUAUCCGUGGAUUAUCACCUUUACAUCAUGGGACUCUUUGUCUUAUGGGCUUAUUGGCAUCUUCCAAGAAGACUGGGCUACCCGUUUCUCUGUGGUUUGAUCGCACUGGGCACUGCCAUUCCCUUCGUCAUCACCUAUGUUCAGGACCAGCAGCCAAUAUUCCUGGGAUUGCCUUUCAUGGUGGAAGCUAGGAGAGAUCCAUAUUUCGUCGGUCAUUAUGUUAAAUCACAUAUGAGAAUCGGUUCCUACAUGAUUGGCGUAUUGGCUGGGGCAAUUGUCCACGACCAUAAAAAUGCCACGUGGAGACUCCCCAAGGCUUGGUCACGAGUUCUUUUUAUUUUACUGGCCAUCGGAUUCCCUAUCAUCAGCCAGGCUCUGGCCGCCAAGUAUUUCGAUCCGAAUAGCGAGCUGCACCCAUUUGAGACGGCGGCCUACGCUGGCUUCCACAGAACAGCGUAUGCUCUUGGAAUAUGUUCGAUCGUUGUUCUGAUCACAAUUGGCGAUGGCUUGGACUUUCAUUACAACUUUAUGACACCACGCUGGGUUCCACCCCUUGCAAGACUCGCUUACUGUGCUUAUCUUCUCCACAAUAUUAAGCAAAUCUAUGACAUCGGUGCUACUAGAAGCCCCCGCGUAUUUUCCAUUAACAACUGCCUUUGGGAAUUCGUGUCAGACAUGGUCUACACUUUCGGUAUAUCCCUGCUGCUGUCGGUGGUUGUCGAAGGGCCGAUACGAAAGAUCGAAAAGUUUAUACUCACGAAACGACCAAGCAAAUGUCCCGCUGAAGGAUCAAAUUCCUACGGCAUCAAAAAGAUCAACUGAAAAUGACCCGAACGAAAUUAUGCGAAUUGUCUCCUUGUACAUUGUAUAAUAUAUGCAUAGGUAAACUCGUAGUCCGAACAUCGACGUUGUAGUACGAAUACUUGUAUACGAGUAUACCCUAGUUUGUGAUUUCGCAUCAUGUUAUUAUUAUACAUACAAUCGUUCAUCUCGAUUACCAUAGGAUUCAUAUAUUAUACAAAUGACACAAUGACAUACAAUUCUAGUGCUAUAUCCUGUAAUACAUGCGUACCCACAGGAUUUGGGGUUACCUAGAACGAGGAUGUGAUAUAAAAUUUCAUAAGCAAGUAAGUCGAUCGUAGUAAGCCAACACCGAGAAGGAUGAGUUAUAUAUCAACUAAAAUAAAUUUGUGGUAUGUACUUAACUUGCGCACGUGUAAUUACACACUGAUCGUAUUUAUAAUUGUUAUCAAAUACCAAACUGACGGGGUUUCUCUGGGUAAAUUUAUAAAAGUAGUAUGAGUAAAUUUCAGGAGAAGAAUAAAAACCGGAAGGAUACACCCGUAACCUGACACAUGCAAACUCACCAACGUUGCUAACUAAUGAAGAAGUUACACGGAUAUUUCUGCUUCAUUCUGAAAAAAAAAAUAAUAAAAUUGAAUUUAUAGAACAAACGGAGUUAACAGGAUUCAAAAAUCAGGUAUAUCUGCGGAUAUUUAGUUCUUUAAUUUUUUACGCACUGAUGUCGAUUUCCACGCAUAUUCACCGUAAGGAUGCGAAUUCCAAAUUUUCCACAUUAAUGGAGGGUUUACCUUGAAAGAGUACCUACAAAAAGUCCUGACCGUAGAAGCCUGCCAUUUUUUUACAAUGUUUUUCCGAUAGAACAUUAAACAAUGUGUAUUACAUGACGUAGGAAUUUUUAUUUGAAUAAAAUUUAUCAAAUUCUUAUCACAGUUCACUUUUAAUCCAUUGAAAGAAAAUAGUACAUUACGCAACAAGGGAAUAAUCGACUUUUAUUCACGUACUGCAGGACCCUUAUAGAACUUUAUUUCCGACUCAACUCUGGCUACAUUAUUGACUUGAUUAGUGGGACAUUUUUUGCAGUAUUGUGCGUAGAAUUCUUCUUCGAAUGGAUCAGUACCUACGCUGUUCUAUCGUACAGCACGCCUGCCAAGAAUUUAGGAAACCGUUUACCGUUUACGAAGACUUAUUUUUUCAACAAUCAACGUUUACUGUAUCAUGCUGAUUCUUCAUUAUCUGAUCGAUAAUUCCAAACUUAUUAUUCACGUAAGAUAAUGCAAAACUGUGGAUGUUGUACGUGACAGUUAACAACGCAACUUGCAAAUCUUUAUUUUACUAACGUCGUUUGCUUAUCUAAUAACCUUCGUUUGAUAAUUGUACCGCAGGUAUUUUUUCAGCUAGACCUCGACCGACGAUAGAAAAUCCCAUGCCUAGAGUGGCGCCUCUCCAUUGAAAUGGCAAUAGUUUUUUGGGUUCAAGAAGAACUUUCACCUGAACUCCCAGGCUUUCUGACACGAGGAAACUUCGACCUGUUGAUCUCGGUUGACUGACCAGAAUGAAAUCGUUAUCUGCCGAACUUGACUGCAAUUAUCACUGUAACGGUAAUUAUGGAACUAAUGGUGAAUUGUAAAAAAAAUGUAUCGUCUCAGAAUUUGUACUUAUAUAGGAUUGAACGUGACGAUUCGUGCUUGUACUUUCGAAGCACUUAUUUUUCUUCUUCCUCCAGCUGGCUAUCUUCUGAUGGGAAUGCGGAUGUGCUAAAUCUUAACACUUCGUGAUACACCAUCAAUUAUUCCGUCAUGGUUAUUUUCAAAGUUCUUUCAUCACGUCUACGAAUAGCACCUCUAUACACUCUGGACAAGGCAGAAGCAAAAUGUUUGUCAAAAAGUUACGACCAUCGACAUAUAACGGCGAGAGACAUUGAGAAUUUGUUUAAAGCCAUUUCUGGACAUACCUGAGUGCGUGAAAAUUUAGGAACUACGUCUGGAUACUCUAGAACGGUUGGAAGCAAGACAUUGUGUACAUUUUUACGACUACCUGAAACUGUUGGAAUAAAAAAUUAAGACGACAAGUCAAGUAUUUUCAUAGUAGUUUCAUAGUGAAUUUAUUUAAAUCUACGGGUUCACAAUAUCGACAUGCUGAAUUCAUUAUAUGCUUAAUAUCUAAUGUGCUAAAUAUAAUAUAGGUUCUUAGUUAUUUAUUACAUUGAUUGAUGAGACAUAUUUCAAAAGUGUUUACCGAGGCUCAACGAUAUCAAGUCUGGUUUUCUAAUUUGAAAAACCGCGUCAGCUAAUGGUAUGAGUAUAAAAAAGAAAAACGAUAAAAAGGAGAAAAAACAACUAUCAAUACUACUGUUUCACGCAAAGUUGUGUUAGGCAAUUAACAGAAUCAUUUCUUACCGUCGAUAAAGAUUUAGAUAUAUGUAUAUUUAUAUUUCUAUGCAUAUGCAUACGCAUACGAGUAUAAUGGAUAGAUAUUUAUAUAAAUAUAAUCAUGAUAUAGCUCGUCAAGAUCUGUGUAUAAUUCUCUCGCCUACGCUCUACACAAUCAACAGUCAGCGAAUAGAUUAUAAUCCGUAGUAUCAUUACUUGUAAUAAUAUGAGAAUACCAAUUAUUCAUACAUACAGCAAUGAUCAGCCGUCUAGUGAGGAUUAUAUUAACAUCUUGCGUGCUGCCCUCCGCUAAGCGUUAGAUCAAGUCUCUGAAUAAUGCGUUA